AUGCUCAACCGUUAUGAACAGCCAUACUGCGGACUGCACCGAACGUUGGUCCUUGCCUUCGACAUGGGCAUUACACACAGUAGUAUUUCCUACUGUAUGCUCACUCCCGGAGAAGUUCCUAUUAUCCGCUCUGUCGCCAGAUAUCCAGGCCAAGAGCACGUCGGAGGCGACUCGAAGAUACCUUCCUUACUAUACUACAACACGAGUGGAAUUGCCUGUGCCAUUGGUGCUGAAACUCAAGGGACGCAUGUUAUUGAAAGCGCUGAGGAAGAAGGAUGGGUGAAACUUGAAUGGUGUGUCUGGCAGGCUGUGCACCCUCCCGCCUCUUAUACCAGUCACCCAUCUCUUCCACGAGGCAAGAAUGUCAUUGAGGUACUCGGCGACUUUAUGCAAUACCUCUUUCGUUGUGCACGCACUUAUAUUGAGGAGAGUCACUGCAAUCUUUGGAGGUCAAUUGAGAACCACAUCGAGUUUGUCCUUAUCCACCCAAACGACUGGAAGGGCCCGCAGCAACGACAAAUCUGGCUAGCUGCCGUCCUCAGCGGUCUCGUUUCCAAUACGGCAGAAGACAUGGCCCGUGUUCAUUUGCUGACUGAAGGAGAAGCAAAAUUACACUACUGCAUCUAUCAUAGUAUUCUGGCGUCAGACACACUGUCACAGACACCAAUCGUCGCCUCUGAUAGCCAAGGUAUUGUCAUUAUCGAUGCAGGAAAUUGGACCAUCGACCUUAACGCCUACUCGGUGACUUUAUACCCAUUGAUGAUUGAAGAGAUUGCUCCAGCCGAGCGUCGACUGCAAGGUUAUGGAUUCGUGACCCGCCGUGCUCGUGAAAAACUAUCAGGCAGUUGUUUCGGUACACCAGAGAUAGUACUGCAGAUGACUGACAUCUUCGACAUGAGCACCAAACUCAGGUUUCGCAACCCGGAAGAGUCAUCAUUUAUCAAAUUCGGUACCAUACGCGACAAAGAUCCCCAGUUCGAUAUUCGUAACGGCCAACUUAAAUUGAAUGGACAAGAUGUCGCAGAACUCUUCGAACCUUCCAUUGCUAGCAUUAUCGAGGCUUUUGAAACCCAAAGAAUGAACGCAAGCAUUCCAAUUACAAUUGUAUCAUUCAUGGGGGACUUUGCUAUGAGCGACUGGAUGUUCAUAAAGUUGCAGGAAUAUAUUCAUUCGCUUGGUAUUGCAUUCAGUCGACCUGAUAGCCAUUGUAAUAAGGCGGUCGCUGAUGGUGCUGUAUUGUACUAUAUCGAACAGCUCGCUUCGAGUCGUGCUAUUCCGGUUCGGGCGGGCGAUCAGGUCGGUGUGGUGGUGUCUUUUCCCAGCGCAUCACAACGGAAGUUUAGAUUUGCGCAUCCAACGGAUGUUGGCGCCCUCUCUUUGACGCCUUACACACCACGAGCUUACACAGAUGUCGCUUUGAUAAGGAAUUCGAAGACCGUCGUUCUUUCUAAGUACCUUAAGCUCCCGUGCCACUCAACCAUGACGGCCAUACUUAACCGUUAUGAACAGCCAUACAUCGGACUACACCCGAAGUUGGUCCUCGCCUUCGACAUAGGCAUUACACACAGUAGUAUUUCCUACUGUAUACUCACUCCCGGAAAAGUUCCUAUUGUCGGCUCUGUCAACAGAUACCCAGGCCAAGAGCACGUCGGAGGCGACUCGAAGAUACCUUCUUUACUAUACUACAACACGAGUGGAAUUGCCUGUGCCAUUGGUGCUGAAACUCAAGGGAUGGAUGUUAUUGAAAGAGCUGAGGAAGAAGGAUGGGUGAAGCUUGAAUGGUGGAAGCUUCACCUACAAGCUGUGCAUCCUCUCGCCUCCGAUAUCAGUUACCCACCUCUCCCACGAGGCAAGCAUGUCAUCGAGGUGCUCGGCGACUUCAUGCAAUACCUCCUUCGUUGUGCACGCACUUAUAUUCAGGAGAGUCAAUGCGAUGUACUUUGGAGGUCACUUGAGAACUGCAUCGAGUUUGUCUUUACCUAUCCAAACGGCUGGGGGGACCCGCAGCAGCGACAAUUCUGGAUAGCUGCCGUCCUUGGUGGUCUCGUUUCCAAUACGGCAGAGGACAUGGCUCGUGUUCAUUUGCUGACUGAAGGAGAAGCAAAAUUACACUACUGCAUCCAUCAUAAUGUCCUGGCGUCAGGCACACUGUCACAGACACCAAUCGUCGCCUCUGAUAGCCAAGGUAUUGUCAUUAUCGAUGCAGGAAAUUGGACUAUCGACCUUUAUGCCUACUCAAUGACUUUAUCCCCAUUGAUGAUUGAAGAGAUUGCUCCAGCCGAGUGUCGACUGCAAGGUUAUGGAUUUGUGACCCGUCGUGCUCGUGGUCUGCUUCAAGGCAGUCGUUUCGGUACACCAGAGAUAGUACUGCAGAUGACUGACAUCUUCGACAUGAGCACCACACUCAGGUUUUGCAACCCGGAAGAUCCGUCAUAUAUCAAAUUUGGUACCAUGCGUGACAAAGAUCCCCAGUUCAAUAUUCGUAACGGCCAACUUAAAUUGAAUGGACAAGAUGUCGCAGAGCUUUUCGAACCUUCUAUUGCCAGCAUUAUUGAGGCUUUUGAAACCCAAAGAAUGAAUGCAGGCAUUCCAAUUACAAUUGUAUCAUUCAUGGGGGACUUUGCUGUGAGCGAGUGGAUGUUCGCAAGGUUGCAGGAAUAUUUUCAUGAGCUUGGUAUUGCAUUCAGUCGACCUGAUAACCAUUAUAAUAAGGCGGUCGCUGAUGGUGCUGUAUUGUACUAUAUCGAACAGCUCGUAGCACCGUAG